CGGGCACGUCCCCAUCCCACCCAAACGGCGCAUAUCUCCCCCAGACCAAAUCUGUUCCUAGUAAAUCAUUGCCGCUUUGGCCGCUGGCAUGACACGGCCCAUCCCUCAUGUCUUGUCUCAACAUGUGUACUCCGUGUAUAGCUAUAUAUCCUUCACCACCAACCCUCAUGACUCCUCCUCUCUUUCUCUAUCAUUUUCCCCCUUAUAUCCCCCAUUAGCCCUCCUUGCCAGUUGGGCUGCUCCAUCAUCGAAUACCCAACCUCUUGUAAUACUCAUGCCAGCCUGACAUGAGCCAAGUUAUCGUCGACCACCAAACGCGCGCAGAGAUCACUCAGAUCCAAACAAAGGGCUUGACCCUCUUUGACACUCUAUACAAUUCUCUCGUCCUUCGUCAUACCCUUCCCUACCUCCCCGUAUCAGGCCUUUUAAACCUCGCCGCAACCUGUCGCGAUAUUCGUUACCUCCUCCACGAAACACCCGGUGUCUUUCGUCACAUCGAUCUUACACGGGUCAAGACAGCGCAUUGCGAAGGCGCGCAUAAAGAAACAGAGCGCAAUCUUGCAGUUUGGCAUAAUGUCACUCUUUCUGAUUACCUGACUGAAGAUGACUUCUACGCCGGGCCCUUGAGGGGCAUAUUCUCUACCCUACGACAACGGGAUAUUCUUCGUGAUGUUCAAUCUCUAAUCCUCGACGGACUCUCUGUCACAGCUGAGCUGUGCCAUGAGAUCGUCAACGAUCCGUCAUACAGCGUGCGCAUGCUCUCGAUCCGCGGCGUCAAUAACCUGAACCACGGCAAGCUUCGCGCAGCGCUAGCAUACGCCUGUCGAAGCUCACGACCAGAGAACACCCCACGACUCAAAGCAGUCUACGUCUUUGGCCCCAUGCCCUGCGAUGAAAAUGCGCAGGCCAACGAUUCCGAUGCCUGGUGGUCCAAAAAGGGCCGUGUCCUCAACAGCACCAGCGACAUGGACGACUGGGCGCAAUGCAUGCUCGCCUGCCAGAGCCUAAUCUCCUUCGACGCAGUGCUCUGCCAAGGUCCUCGCCACGCCAGCUCACCAGCCUUUGGGUCCUGCAGCGUCUCCUCGCCGUGCAGCCCAGCGGUCGCUACGUUCUCCGUGGGCGGCUGCGCAGGCUGUGGCAAAGCGCCUGAGGGUGUCAUGACGGCUGAGACGCACUGCUCUUCGCUACCGCUGCUAGCUCCGCCGCCGAUCCUCUCGUCAUCCGUGCAGGCUGCCACAACGCCGCGCCCGGGACAUGAGAAUUUCGUGCCGAGGUGUGCUGAUUGUUUGAGGGAUAGGUUUUGUGUUGCGUGUAAUAAGUGGUGGUGUGAGACAUGUUAUCAUCCUUUUGGUGGUGGUGAUGAUGUGAAGAGACAUGUUUCGCGAAGCUGCUGGGAAUGCGGCAUCAAUUGCAAUGAUUGUAUUGAACGCACGCAAAAGUUUUGCAAAAAGUGCGGCGGCGGAUACUGUCUCAUUCACAAUGAAGGAUCAUCAAGCGCCUUUGUAAGUUUCCCCAAUCUUCCACGCAACAGAAUUCUUACUGACUGUUUCUAGUGCGACUGUAUGUUAUUCUGAUCAUUAUUCGUUUGCAUCAUCUAACUUGCUUUACAGGGUGUUUCUGUCGAGGUCGUGGUCUCAGUCGAGUCUGAUGCACCACGUAUUUGACAUGUGUCAACCAAGGACCAAUGCAACCUCACAUCUGAUCAUGGUACAGUAAAUGACUUGGCGCAUCUACAAGGUCCCUGGAAUAUGAAUGGAGUCCCCUUGGAAAGUGGACUGAGCGAGGCGUCAUGAUGAAGCGUAUUCGGAUUUUCCACUCUUGUUGUUUUCUUUGCUGGUUGGUUUUGGAGUCGGGGCGUAAAAUAUGGAUUGGAUGAAACUCGACUCUUUUCAGAUACUCACCACUUUUGCUUCAAUAAUUGAUAAGGACUGGCUCCUAGAAUCAUACCACUUUUCCCGCUCCAAUCUUGAAUAAGUCGACUCAGAUGAGAUAUGGCACGAUACUAUCUCGAACCACUGCACCCCAGUCCUCCCCGCUCGGAGACAAAGUAGAUCCGA